AUGGGUAUCAAAACACUGUUUCCAGCUUCCAGCCAGAAGCCUCGAUCCCAGUACUCCAUUGCAGGAAAUAUUGGAUCUGGCAAGAAGACCGGCUUCGGCCCCUUUUCUGGAUCUGACAUUGCUGACAAUUUCACCAUAAAAACUUGGCUCCUGUUGGGCGGCGCCAUUCAGAUCCUUCUCUCUUUCAUCUUUCCUCGAUCUUAUCUCGCCUUCCCUGUCCUGCUCGUCUUGGGGUGGAACAUCGUCGACGCUUUCUUGAUGCACUUCGGUCUCAAAAAGAACGUCUGGGCCGAGGGCGUCAUUGACGGCAAAUGGAGCGUGGGCUAUCCUUCCGAAGGAGAGACAGAGGUGGUUCACGGCAACCCUGGCGAGAAUGGCCCACGCGCAGUCAUGAUUCUCGGAGCAAGGAGUAAUUCACCAAUGGGCUUAUUUGCUGACGGUUAUAAGGAAGUAGCCGAUCGGUUUCGGGACAUGCUUGUACAACUAGAGGACACGCGAGAAGAAAGUGGCUUCAUGGGCAUGUCGACUUGGAUCAAUGGGGGCGAACGAUCCACAAGCAAUGAGCUCGCCACCAUUUCCUACUGGCGCUCGAUCGAGGACAUUCACAACUUUGCGCUGUCGCCCAUCCAUCGUGAGGCCUGGAACUGGUGGAACGACACCGUGUCAAAGCACAAGCACGUCGGCAUCAUGCACGAAAUCUUUGCUCUCCCCGAGCGUCAGGGCUGGGAGGGUAUCUACAUCAACUACCACCCGACGGGGCUGGGAAUGACGACGCGACCAGUCGAGGCAGCCGAAAAGGGAGGCGAGAAGGUUUGGAUCAACCCUAUCGUGGAUGCCAGCCGGGGUGUCUACCGAACAAGUCGGGGACGGAUGAGCAGGGGAGACCCCGAGGGGAAGAGCAACGACAAGGUGGCCAAGAAUCCCUAUGGUCAGGCUGUCCUCGUGAACUAG